AUGGGUAACAUAACCAAGGGAGCCAGCACACCCACAACUGAGUCUGAUUCUUUCACUUACUCCCUUUCUUCCUGUAGGCGGAAGGGAUUUAAGCCACUUCAGGCAAAACUAUAUGAAGCAAUAAUGAAAGAUGACAGCACCAACAUUAAAGCUUUACUAGCACUCCAACCUGUCAAUGAACCACUGAUUGUUUGGGAUAACUCUGCAUGCAGAAGAACACUGUCAAUCCAGGAUCAGACUAUUCUUCCAAUUCACUUAGCUGCCAAACACAGAAGAGAAAAGAGUCUGCGUUGUUUGCUAGAAUCUGGUGCUGACCCAAAACUAAGAGAUAACAGAGGUUACACAGCACUUCACCUCCUCCUACUACACUGGCCAAAUAUUUAUCUAACUGGGACAGGCAUUUUGACCAGAUUUCAGAGAAACCUGGGAAUUACACAGCGUAAUGCAGAAGAAUGUCUUCGUAUCUUGUGUGAGAAGGGAGUUCAAACAGAUCUUGAAAUGGAUAGUAGCUACAGACACAGCUCCUUACAUUUAGCCCUAUACUCUGGAGCCUCUCGAGCUAUAUCUAUUCUAAUUGAGAAUGGUGUCAACAUAGAUGGCAGAGAUGAGUUUGGCAAAACAGCGCUUCACACUGCUGCAGAGUAUUUGAACAAGGAGGUAACAGAAACUUUAAUCUCCUGUGGAGCAAACAUUAAUUGUACUCUUCCAACUUAUGGAAAAACUGCUCUUCAACUUGCAGUGUGCACUGCAUCAUCUAAAGCAGGCACAGUUUUAGCUGCCGAUAUAGAUUGCAUCAAUUUACUGUUAAUGAAUGGAGCCAAAGUAAAUACUCAAGAUUGUGAAGGAAGAGCAGCUAUUCAUGAUGCUUGCUUGGGAGGCAGAAAAGAAAUAGUUGAUCUCCUCGUAGAUUACCAUGCAGAUGUUAACAUUUUAACAAGACAAGGGCAAUCUCCCCUUUUUCUGUUUCUUCAACACAGGUCAAAUCUAAGAUGUACAUCACUGUUAAAUAAGCUAUUAAACCUCUCAUACCCAUUGAAGCUAACCAAUAAUCAAGGAGAUCUACCCACUGGACUUCUGCUCCAAGAGUUUCAAAUACAAAAAGACUUUCUCAUAAGAUUAUCACAAAACAUUUUGUCUCUGCAAGACAUCUGCAAACUCACUGUCAGAAGAAUAUAUGGGGAAAAAAACAAACAAUGCUUGAAAAAACAACUUCCCGUAACUGUUUGGAAUUCUUUAUACAACUACCAGGACUACUCACAACUUUGGUAAAUAAAUCUCAUGACUUAAACAGUCACAAAGUUAAAUGAUUCUGGCAGAUUUGAUUAAUGUGUGUGACAUAUGCAGUGACACACACCUACAUGAAAAAGUGAAUUGAGAAACUGUUGAUCCUGAA